UCUUGAAAAUGAGUGAUCAAUCUUCAUAUUCUAAUAAAAAAGGAACUCACAAUGUUCCUAAACAUCGAUCAAUUGCGAAAAAACGCAAGUUUACCGGAAAUAGAUUUACAUUUGAGCAAUCUACUGCGAAUACCAGUACGUCCGCAGAAAAGUUAUUACAUAAUAAUGACAAUAAUGUUGUGAUUGACCCAUCUCAUGGAUAUUGUAUUUUGCAAUUUUUAUCAGUUUUUAGUGCAAUUAGUAAUUUAGUGGUGUGUAAAACCUGUCAAAAAAAAGUUACUUUCAAUCAAGCAAGUCCAAGAGGCCUAGGGUUCAAAAUUGCUAUAAUUUGUGAAUGUGGCAAUUCGUAUAUUAAUUCUGGACCAAUGAUUGAUAACGCAUUUGAAGUAAAUAGACGUAUUGUUGCUGUGAUGCGUCUAUUGGGCAUCGGAAUAAAUGGGAUAAAUCUUUUCUGUGGAUUAAUGGAUUUAGCAUGCAAAUUUUACGACCAAACUUUUGCGGGAUGUUUUACGAAUUUACAGAUUGCAGCCGAAACCAUUUGUAAGCUCAGUAUGCAGCAAGCUAUAAAUGAAGAAAAAGAGCUUACAUUAAAGGAAGAAAAUUCGGAGACAAAUUUGACUGUUAGCGGCGACGGUACCUGGAAAAAACGUGGCCAUACUUCCCGUUUUGGAGUAGUUACGCUGGCAGGAAAAUACAGCAAGAAAAUUCUUGAUUCAUGCGUAAAAUCUACAUAUUGUCAGAGUUGUGUUUUUUGGAAGAAAAAAAAAGAUAGCGAACCUGAAGCUUAUGAGGAAUGGCUAUCAUUACACGAAGAAGAAUGUGAUGUCAAUCAUAAAGGAUCUGCCUCAAAAAUGGAAGUGGAUAGUGUAAAAGACAUGUUUGGUCGUUCCAUUAGUAAAUAUGGUGUAAAAUAUACCCGCUAUAUUGGUGAUGGUGAUAGUGCUACCCACAAAGGACUUAUAGAUUUGAAUCCUUAUGAUAUUCCUGUUGCUAAAUUGGACUUAUCUCGACAUGAAUUGCUUGAUAGAUGUAAAGGUAACAAUACUCAAAACAACAAUGAAAGCUACAACGGUUUACUUUGGCACUUUUCACCCAAGCAUCUUCAUAAUGGCUUCAAAACUAUUGAAUUGUCAAAUAAUUUCGCAACUGCAAUAUUUAAUGACGGUUAUUCGUCAAUUUUGAAGAUGUUCAAUCUAAUGGGAGUGAUAGUUGGACCUGCAGCAAGAGAUUUUGCGGCUCUUAAGGACAACACGAGAAUACGAAUCGCUGAUCAUCGCCAAAGGGCUUCUUCAAAAGAAGGUCGAUCCUCUCGAAGAAAAGCUUCUUCAGCUGAACAAGCCCUUUUCGAAGAAGAGGAAGGUGAAUUAUAUGGCCCUGGAAUAGCAGAUUAGCUAUUUCAUCCACGGAGAAGGCCGGAAUCACUGCAGCAGUGAAGGACCUUUUUUUUUUCGCGCCGUUGGAGAUCGACGAUAACUUAAAAAAUAUUUAAUUUUUUUCUUCAAAAAUUUCA